AUGAUUUUUAAAUUUGGCACAGAAGAAGAGGAAGAGAUCAAGCCCGUUGACGAUGAAACGAUCAUUGAAGCGCAUCAGGAACAGCUGGUUAGAUGCCUCGAAUGUAAUUGCAUUGGAACUUUGUGGAACACCGCAGAGGGUACAGUUCUCCGGCCAGACAAGGUGAAGACCACAUUGCCAGAGCUUGGUGGGGGUUUCUUUAUGCCAAAGUACUUGAAUGGAAUGAAAGAUUUUAAAAUGAGUCUAAAGGAGGCAAAACGAGUAGCAGAGGAGUUAAAUAUAUCGGCGGAUGAGGGUAUAAAUGAAUCGGGACUGAUUGACAAGACGAAGGUUAAAAUGAAAAGAGCCAGAAAAUUCAUCAAAAGUGAAAUGGAGCUACUAAAUAUCAUCGAAAUAAAAAGAGAAGGACUGAGGCAGACGCUCGAAUUCGAAAGCCGGAAAACGACAAAGCCUAACAAAUACACUGGCUUGUUUUCGGAUGAAUUCGAAGAGGAUGAUGCCUGGAAAUCGUGGAAACGCUUUGCUGUCCAUGGCUACGCGACUAAGAAACAAUUUGUUUCUUACAUGUUCUUUGGCGUCAUUUUUUGGUUCAUCAUCAUUGUCAUCUCCAAUUAUUAUUCCUUGCUCGCCUCGAGAAUCCAGCCUACCUACUUGACCUCUGUCUGCCAAGCCCGCUUCAAAGAGUGUAUCAGGACUACCGAAAUGGAUUACUGUGCGCAUCUUCUUUACGGUUGUAAAACCACAAGAGAGUUUAAUCUGCCGGAUGAGUUCACUAAGCUCGAAAGUCGAAAUGAGCCAGCUCUGAAAAAAUUCGCCCACCUAAAAAAGUACACCGGCACCCUUGCCGAAUAUCUCCAUCUAGCCGGUUAUGCGGUAUUGAAGGACCAACUCUUCAUUUUUGGAGGAUCUUAUGACACUGAGAAGAUUGCGAAACUGUCUGAUCACUGUGAGCUCGUCGAAAUAGACGACUUUUUGAAUUUUUACUUUUUCGGAGCAGGCUCUUCCUUUCUCUCUGUUUUCGACACUCAUGUACUUGUUUGCUUCGACGGCAAAACAGGAAAAGCUUGUCAAAUAUUCGACGGAGAGCGAGUAACCAACGAUACCUUCCAUUCAACGGAAAUUCACUGGGAAGGUGGGAUGGGCUUUUAUAAAGGACAACCAACAACGAUCGGUGGCAAGCCAGUGAAUGACCGUAUUUCUGGAAAACCUACUAAUUGUCGAUACUCUGAGAUGCUGACUGAUGAAGGCUGGCGCGAGAUAAAACGACAUCCAAGAUGCAUCUAUAAACAUUCCGUCAUCGGAUUGCCUUCAGGAGCGAUUGCGACCCUCGGCGGAUGGAAUUUUGAUGAGGGAGUGGACUCAAAAGAAAUUUGGGUGCUGCUUGAUGACUGGGCAAAAAAGACAUCGUUACAGAAGCAAGUAUAUCAUUCAUCUGUUAUACUUAUUGAAGAAACAAUCUACAUGUUUCCUGGUGUCAACAACCGCGAAUAUGCGUAUCCUAUCCAGCGAAUUUUUCUAGGCAAGGGAAAUCGGAUUGAAAUAUUAUUCAGAAAAUAG